AUGAUUGUCUGCUUGUUGGUCCUGCUAGCAGUCAUUGGAGGGAAACAAUUAGCUGCGCUGCCAGCUGAUGAAGUGGUGGAACAGUUAGAAUUGGCUGUAGAGCGUUUUUUGAUCCAACGGAAAAUCCCAGACCAGACAGAGCUGGGGUUCAUACUAAAUCAUUUACACUAUCAGACAAAAAAGGGUGGGGCUGUAGGAGUCCAGGAGCUCAAUAUAGAUAAAAAUAUCCAUCAAAUUGCCGUUAUCGGGGACCUCCAUGGAGAUGCAGAAUCCACUAAGUAUAUCUUUCAGAAGGUGCUUCUUAACAAAACAUUUAUGGAGUCUGGCAUGGCUGUUUUUCUAGGAGACUACGUGGAUCGGGGCCAGCAUGGAAUUAACGUUCUAACCUCCAUUUUGGCAGCUAAAGUUGUUUACGGUGAUCGUGUCAUAACUAUUCGAGGAAAUCAUGAAUCUGAAAACCUAAAUCGCCGAUAUGGUUUUCUAGAUGAAGUUUCCCGCGCAUAUGGACAUGCCUUUUACCAUAAGACUAUUGCUCCAUUCUUCAAGCUUUUGCCCGUCGCGUAUGUAGCCUCUGUGACUAGCCACACCACACUAGCAAAUAGGAUCCUUUUUGUACACGGAGGACUGCCUAGAAAUGCUACACUAGAUACACUGAUACUAAGAUCCAAAGUGGAUAUUCCAUCCAGCAACGAUAUCACAGAUCAGAGAUAUACACAUUCGCUAGAAAACUGUCUUCCCGAAGACGCUGUGCAAGAUAUUCUGUGGAGUGAUCCUAGUCAGACAGUCCACGGAAAAGAUACACUAAAUGAUUACACGAAAAACCCCAGAGGAGCAGGAAUUCUGUAUUCGAGUGAGUUUUAUAGAAAGUUUGCCACAGAAAAUAGAGUACUUGCAAUGUUCAGAGGCCACCAGGUUGUCAAGAAUGGGUUUAGAAGGGACUUUUUCAAUCACUACACAGUUUUUAGCAGUUCAGACUACGUAGGCAUGAAAAACAAAGGUGCAUAUGCUGUACUCGAUGUUAGGUGCAUGCGAACUACUAUUACUUCUGAGGUUGAUGUGAUUGGCCUCCAAAACUACAAGGAGGUAAAUCUGGCACACUGUAUUCAUGCUUAUCCCGUCGUACAGAAGCCAGAGAACGGCACAACCAACAACAGCUAG